GCGCCGGCCAGAAGAAGUUGGAGCUCUUCUGCCUUGAGAGAGAGAGAGAGAGAGAGAGAGAGUGAGAGAGAGAGAGUGAGUGAGAGAGAGGGAGAGAGAGAGAGAGAGAGAGAGAGAGAAAAGCCUCCAAAAAAUUCCACAUCUGCACGUGUAUAUAUGAGACGAUGAGGAUGUUCAGGAUGAGGAAGCCUGGCCUGGCUCGGGUCUGGACUCUCCCCGUGCUGGUGGCGGCCGUGUGCGCGCAGAGUGUGAACGACCCGAGCAAUAUGUCACUGGUUAAAGAAACUGUGGACAGGCUGCUGAAGGGCUACGACAUUCGCCUGAGGCCGGACUUUGGAGGUCCUCCGGUGGGAGUGGGGAUGAAUAUAGACAUAGCCAGCAUAGACAUGGUAUCAGAAGUCAACAUGGAUUACACGUUGACGAUGUAUUUCCAGCAAGCUUGGCGGGACAAGCGUCUGUCGUAUUCCGAAAUUCCUCUGAAUUUAACCCUGGAUAACCGGGUGGCGGAUCAGCUGUGGGUUCCGGACACGUAUUUCCUAAACGACAAGAAAUCCUUCGUUCAUGGAGUAACGGUGAAGAACAGAAUGAUCCGGCUGCAUCCGGACGGCACAGUGCUAUACGGACUCAGGAUCACUACGACGGCGGCCUGCAUGAUGGACCUGAGGAGAUACCCGCUGGACGAACAAAACUGCACCCUAGAAAUUGAGAGCUACGGCUACACGACAGACGAUAUCGAGUUCUACUGGCGCGGCGGUGACCACGCGGUGACGGGGGUGGAGAGGAUAGAACUGCCCCAGUUCUCCAUCGUGGACUACAAGCUCAUAUCCAAGAACGUGGUCUUCUCUACAGGCGCUUACCCUCGGCUUUCCCUCAGCUUUAAACUGAAGAGGAACAUCGGCUACUUCAUCUUGCAAACCUACAUGCCCUCCAUACUGAUCACCAUCCUGUCCUGGGUCUCCUUCUGGAUCAAUUACGAUGCCUCUGCUGCAAGAGUCGCUUUAGGUAUCACCACCGUCCUCACCAUGACCACCAUCAACACCCACCUGCGAGAGACCCUUCCCAAGAUCCCCUACGUCAAGGCCAUCGACGUGUACCUGAUGGGCUGCUUCGUCUUCGUGUUCCUGGCCUUGCUCGAGUACGCGCUGGUCAACUACAUCUUCUUCGGUCGAGGGCCGCAGCGGCAGAAGAAAGCGGCGGAGAAAGCCGCCACCGCCAACAACGAGAAACUGAGGAUGGAUCCAAACAAGUGGUUGGUGGGAAGUGUAGUUCAGAGAGACGAUGCUCUGUAUGCCAGAAUGAAACAGAGGGAUAUUGAUGCUCAUGACUCGAUGUGGGAACCGAUCUUUGUGGACGAUGCGGCUUUAGGACUAGGCGAUCAAAAAAAUAAGAUGGACCCCCAUGAAAACAUCCUGCUCAGCCCCCUGGAGAUUAAGAACGAGAUGGGGGCGUCUGAGCUGGCUUUGGGUUUGGGGGACCCUCGCGGCACCAUGCUCGCUUACGACAGCUCCACGCUACAGUACCGUAAAGCCGGCCUGGCCAGGCACAACUUUGGCCGGAACGCUCUGGAGCGCCACGUGGCUCAGAAGAAGAGCCGGCUAAGGAGGCGCGCCUCUCAGCUGAAGAUCACCAUCCCCGACCUCACGGACGUGAACUCUAUCGACAAGUGGUCGAGGAUGAUCUUCCCCACCGUCUUCUCCUUCUUCAACGUCGUCUACUGGCUCUACUACAUCAAUUAGGCAGACGGUGCCGUUUCCGUCUUUCCUUUAGUUUAUCAUUUCUGUUUAUUGAUUAUUGAUUUGUUGAUUCGUUUGCGUUAUUUAUUCUUCGUCCAGGGUUUUUCCACACGAGCGAGUCUGACUUACGGUUCGAUCUAAAAACAGGACGCGCUCCGUUCUCCCUUCUUUGGAACACCUUAACUGCUGGCUGGCACAGGUUCCUUUGGAGAGGUUAAAGACCAAAACAGUGCCUGUUCCACACUUCUCACUUACAACAGAACUAAAUAAAGGUGGGUUCUUUGAGCCACAGAGGCACCACGUCUAGUUCUCUAAAGAACCACGUUCGAAAAAGAGAUUAGGGUUUGUGUGGGGAAUUGAUAAAGAGCUUUUACAUAAUGUAAAGGUUCCUUACCAAUUUGAGGGUUCUUUUAAAGACAUUUACAUGACCUAGAAGUUCGUUACACUUUAAACAGGUUCUUCACACUCUGCCCUAGAAGAACUGCUUUCUUUCCCUUAAGAACCGUGUUUGAGAGAGAGUAGUGAGUGUGAGGAACUUUUUUUUUAAAGGUUCCUUACCAAUUUGAGGGUUCUUUUAAAAACAUUUACAUGACCUAGAAGAUCGUUACACUUUAAACAGGUUCUUCACACUCUGCCCUAGAAGAACUGCUUUCUUUCCCUUAAGAACCGUGUUUGAGAGAGAGUAGUGAGUGUGAGGAACUUUUUUUUUAAAGGUUCCUUACCAAUUUGAGGGUUUGAGAACCUUUACAUUACAUAGACGUUCUUUAAACUUUAAAAACGUUCUUUACACUAAUAGAUUUUGUGCUAGCCUAGAAGAACUGCUUUUGGUUCCCUUAAGAACCAUGUUUGAAAAAGAGAUUUGUGAGCGUAAAGAACCCUUUAAAAAGUUUAAUAAACUUCUAUGUAAUGUAAAGGUUCUCAAGCUCUCAAAUUGGUGUGGAACCUUUACAUCGUAAGUGUUCUUCACAGUCACAAAUCUUCCAGCGAUACCCUAGAAGAACUGCUUUUGGUUCCCUUAAGAACCAUCUUUGAGAAACAUUCACAAAUCUAAGAAACUUUUUUUAAGAACAUUUACAUGAUCUAAUGGUUCUAUACCAGUCUUAGGGUUCUUUUGAGAACCUUUACAUUAUGUAGAAGUUCUUUAAACUUUAAAAUACUCUUCAUCUUUGACCGAUACCCUAGAAGAACGGCUUUUGGUUCCCUAAAAGAGAUUUGUGAAUGUGAAGAACCUUUUGAAAGGUUAAAGAACCUUCACAUAGUGUAAAAAGUCUAGACCAAUUUUUUAGGCUUCUUUUGAGAACCUCUUAUAUAGAUUCUACAUUAUAUUAUGUGCAUUUAUAUAGUUGUUUAAACUUUAAAAAGGUUCUUCACACUCACAAAUCUUCCAGCGAUACUCUAGAAGAACUGCUUUUGGUUCCCUUAAGUACCAUGUUUGAAAGGGAGAUUUGGGAUCGCGAGGAACCUUUUUAAAGUUAGUCUAAAAAGGUUAGACCAAUUUAAGAGUUCUUCCUAUACACUUUAUAUUAUAUGGAGGUUCCUUAAACUCGAAGUUCUUCAAACGAACAAAUCUCUGAGUGAUGUCCGGGGAGAACCACUUGCAGUUCUCUGAAAGAUAAAUGUUUGAAAAAGACUUGUGAAUACGAAGAACGUUUUUGAAAGUUUAAAGAACCUUCACGCAAUGAAAAGCACAGAUGUAAGGGUUCUUCCUUGAACCUGCAUUAUGUGGAGGUUCUUUCCUAUUUUAAUAGGUUCUUCACACUCACAAAUCUUUAGGAAACCAGAAGCGGUUCUUCUAUAGCACUGCUUAAAGAACCUUUUAUGGCAUCGUUUACGGGGUGUGGAUGUCAUCGUAGGUUCUGUAGCGUGUUUUUAUGUUUCCUACAGAUUAUAUCUGAUUUCCUGCCAGCCGGUCGAGAACAUUCAGCAUGUUCAGAUUUCAGUGGAACAUUAUUUCCACGGAACCGCUGGAUUUACUGACCUAUAUGAUUCAACUCGAGGGUUGAUUUGGUCUUUACACCGGUCAGGCGUAACAUUCUGACCACCUCACUGUCCACUUUAUCAGCUCCACUGACCGUAUAGCUGCUCUCUGUAGUUCUACAGUUACAGACUGUAGUCCAUCUGUUUCUCUGAUACUCUGU